CUCACGUGGAGACGCACAGGCUCUUAUUAUUACAAAAACAAACAAGAUAUAAACCUGAUGACAGGUGCAGAACAACCAUCUACAAUAAAGUACUACAUAUUAAGACAUACAAAGAUUUUCCUUCCUACAAACAACAAAAUUAACUGACUUAAUUUAAGAAACAAGAAGCCUAGGAAAGAAGAUUCAGGGGAUAUAGACAACAAUAGUCUAAAACCCUAUACCAAGAAAGAAGAAAAAUAAGAGGAAAGUAUCUUAGAUAAGGAUGGGAAGGAAGAGUAAGAAACGCGCAUUGCAGGAAGUACGGGCAGGAGUAACUAGAGCGGCCAAAAGAAGAGCUGCAGUUGAUGAUGUGCCCAAGUCAAGUGCCUUUGUUACUGCAUGCCUUGAAAGAGGACUUAGUUUUGAAGAUGACAAGGCUGAGGAUAUACCAUCAAGCCUAAUAGGGGUCAAAGAAGAGUUAUCCAGUGAAGAUAAAUCGGAUGAAUCGUUCAUGGAGCAUCCAAGACUAAUGCAGAACUUCAAUGUGAAGGCUGAAAUGGAUGAAGACUUUGAUGAAAUUGAAAACAAAUUAGAAAUAAAAGAUGAACCAAUAGAGUAUCAUGACUCGGAAUACAGUAUCAUGUUUGAAGAAAGUGUUGGCAGAGUUGACGAUUCAAAAGACUUCAUAAAUGUUUCAAACCUUUGUCAGCUGGAGAAUGGUGAACGAACCAGUCAGAGAAGAAGAAGCUGCAACUUGACAUCAGAUGACAGUGAUUCAAAUAGAGAUUUUGAUAAGGACGAUGACGGCUUCGAUUCUGAUGAGGAUGAUGAAUUUACACUGUGCACUUCCACAACCAAGAUGGAAAUUAUGACAGGAAUAAAUGCAUCGCUGUUUUACACAAGAGUCAGAAACAGGGAGCUAUGUAGAGAAAACACGGGAAUUGUGCCAAUUGAACAAGAUAAUGGGCUUAGUGAUGAAUCUUCAGACGAGUCUGAUGGGGACAUGGGUGAUGCUGAAUUCGAGUCACCUGAGACAGGUGACAUCGAUCUCGACCCAACCCGGCAAGUCAAGAUGGGUCCCACGCUACUGACUGACGGGGAAAAAGCCCGUAUUCUCGCUCUUCGGGAGGAGAGAGUGCCGAUUAAAGAAAUAAUGAGGAGGACAGGGAGAGGUGGCAAACCAUCAGCUGUCAGGAAGCAUGAGGCUAGUGUUUCAACAUCCUCACCUGGUGGUGCACCAUCAUCAAGAAGCGAUAGUAGUGAACCAGGCCCAUCUACAUCUCGACAAGCUGGUGCUGCAGGUUCCAGAAGAGGCUGUCGAUCUCAGACAUUUCUGGACCUCCUUGAUGAAAGCGACUUUAGUGAGAGUGAUGAUGACUGGCUACCCGAGGCAGUGACGUCAGCUGGGAGACUGAUUGGUGUUGAAGAAGCUGUCACUUCAUCGGACUCGGAUUCUGAAGAGGAUCUCCAAGAGAAAUCUGUGUCUUCUACUGUUGGAGAGCCAAGAACAUUGUUUUACUUAAGAAAUAGAGCUUUCGUUGACCAUGCUCCUCAGGAUAUAGCCAAAAAUUUGGGAUCUUGUAAUCUGUUAAAACCAAUCGAGUAUUUUCUAUCUUAUGUUAGUGAGGAUUUUUUGGAUGAUAUUGCAAUGUACACAAAUAUGAAAUCAAUUGAAGCCAAAGGAACAUGUAUCAAUACAAACAGCAGAGAAAUUGCUACAUUCAUAGGAAUGACCUUUGCCAUGUCAGUUAUAAAGAUGCCAAGGAUUAAGAUGUAUUGGCAGUCAAAAACUAGGAUCCCUUGGAUUGCUGAGAAAAUGUCAAGAGACAGAUUUUUCAGUCUCAGACACUCACUUAAGGUUAUUGAUGACAGCACUAUAUUGGAAGAGGACAGGAAAGUAGACAGGUUAUGGAAAGUGAGACCUCUACUGGAAGCAAUCCGAACUCGUUGCAGUGAGUUGCCAAGGCCAUCGAAGGUCAGUAUUGAUGAGAGCAUGAUUCCUAUUCGAGGUAGGAUCAGUAUCAGACAACAUGUUCCAGGCAAACCUUUCCCAGAUGGGUUAAAAAUGUUUGUGUUAGCUUCCCCAAGUGGAAUGGUACUAGACUUUGAAAUUUUUCAAACUAAAGAAGCAUUGCUAUCCACUGUUGAAAAGUUAAAUGUUAAGCCUAACAGAACCAUCACGACUGGUGAAGCAGCAGUCUUAAGGUUUGUGCGUAGUGUGGAUGCUGGCACAAGUAUUUUUUUUGAUAGUUAUUUUACAAGCUCAAACUUGCUAUGUGACCUGUAUGACAGAGGACUUCGAGGCACAGGCACUAUUAAGAAAAACGUGGUACCUAAAGCAGCGAAGCAAAAAUUGAAGACCGAGGCAGCCUUGCGCAAAGAGGGUAGAGGUGCAUCCGACUGCCAAGUGAGAAAUGAUAACAAGGUAGCUGUGACUGCCUGGUAUGGCAAAAAGAUGGUACUGAUGGCUUCAAAUGAGUUCUCUAUUGAUGAUGAAGAUGUGUGCCAGCGUUGGUCUAAAGCUUCCAAUACCCAUGUUGGUAUGAAGAGGCCCCGUGUGGUAAGAGAAUACAACCGUGCCAUGGGGGGUGUAGAUGUUCAUGAUCAAAUAGUCAGCUAUUACAAAAGCCCAAAUCGCACUAAAAAAUGGACUGUUAAGGUGGUAUUGCAUAUGCUUGAUGUUGUGACUGCCAAUUGUUGGCUGGAAUACAGAAAUGCUAUAGAGUCAAAAUCCAAACAGUAUCUGGACUUUAAACUAAUCUUGGCAGACCAGUUAAUGUCAGGAGAUUUCCUUGACCAUGCCAGUAACAGUCAAAGUAUUUCAGAUGCAAAUAUCUUUGCAGUAGACACUACUGAUUCAGAGACUGGACCUUCUUCAAAGGUAGCUAGACGAGGCUUGUCUCCUCUGCCAAGCAUGGCCGAAAGAAAGAGAGGUGCAUCCCAUCUCCCAAUAAUCAUUGAUGAUAAGAACUCAUUCCGAAGAUGCCGCAGGGAAGGAUGUAAGAACAGAACCAGAACGCUGUGUACUAAGUGUAAGAUAUUUCUCUGCAACUAUGCAAAGAGAAACUGUUUCUUUGAGUUUCAUGUAUAAGUGAUCUGAUAUUUGCUUUCUAUUUUUUGGCAUGGUGCACAUAUGUUACUUCUGUAUCACAUAGAAGGAAACUACAGCAGUGAUGUUGCAAUUUAUUUUAGUCUUACACUAAAGAAUAGGCUCACGAAGGAGAUUUAUGUUUCAUGAUACUUUAAUGAAUCCAUUUUUAUACAUAAAGAAAAGGACGUCCUUUUUUGCAAAUUAUGCAAGCAUUUUUCUACCAUUUUAUAGAAGGUUAUUUUUUAUUUACCUCGAUGUAGUAAUUAAUAAUGAAACUACACAUUUACAGAAAGAAUGUAUUUAUUUUUUAAAAAUAUGCAUGUAUUCUACCAUUUUACAGAAGGAUUCUUCUUUAUUU